AUGGCAAGUGCACAUAAUAAUAUUUCACUCAUUCAAAUGUUACUACAAGCUAAUACUAAUCCUCACCUAAAGACUUUGAAAGGAAUAAAUGCUUUAGUGAUUGCUAGUUACCAUGGAAACUAUGAGGUUGUUCAGUUGUUGAUUAGUAAAGGAGUUGAUUAUGAACAUCAACAAGAAGAUGAAGGUCACAUUCAAAUAGCUGAACUAUUGCUGAAGGAAAACGUUAAUCCUAAUGUUCAAGACAAAAAUGGUCAGAACGCUUUUAUGCUGGCAUGUGGAGAAGGUCAUGCUCAAAUAGUUGAAUUGUUGCUGAAAAAAAAUUUUGAUCCUAAUGUUCAAGAGACCGUGGCAAGUGGUUGGAAUGCUUUCAUGCUGGCAUGUGCAGAAGGCCACACUCAAAUAGUUGAACUGUUGCUGAAGGAAAAAGUUGAUCCUAGUGUUCAAAAUAAAAAUGGUUGGAAUGCUUUUAUGAUG